AGGAUUACAACAAUCAUUAACAAGAGUUCUAACCAACGUACAAGAUCUUCAUCCCGAAGAUGUUCUUAGUGACGUAUCCGUGCUUUCUGGGAUAGAUUCAUGGAAACCCAUGUCAAUGAAACCAUCGAAUGUAUUGACAAGGUGUGUCUACCUGUAGGGGUGCCUAUUUUAUGAAAUAUUGCAUGUAAAGUAUUAUGCGGUAUAUAAUAAUUUUGCUUUAAAUUUUUAUCUGUUUCUGGCCUUUCUGUUUAUUGAACCCAUUUAUAUAUAGACAGAUUAUCUGGGGUGUAACAGAUGCCCUCCUGCAGACUCUCUGAUGUACAAUAUAGGAAAAACGGACUCAACAAGAAAUCCUGAAAAGGGGUAGUGAAAAAGUGCGCGUCUGUAUAGUACCAACCCGUCAAGUGGCAAUGCACCCAGAUGCACCCUAAUUAAUUAUUUUACUCUGUCUAACGCCAGGCGAUUUUACUUGUCAGGAGGAGAGUGCUGCCACUCAAUGAGUUAAUUAGACUAUCUGUGCAUACACCCUGUUGACCUGCUAAGUGGCAAUGCGCCCUACUUUAUUAUUUUACUCUGUCUAACGCCAGAUUAUUUUACUCUGUCUAACGCCAGACGAUUUUACUUGUCAGGAGGAGAGUGCUGCCACUCAAUGGGUUAAUUUAAAGUUUGUCAUAUUUUUCUUGUAGUAUGGUUUCAACGGCUGCAAGAGUAUAUUAUACACACCAACCACAAACCAUGAUUCAUUCAGAUGAGGAGCUGGAUGUCCGGAGUUUGGAAACUGGUAAUCGUGAGUACGAUAAUGUCCGAUCAUCUGUUCAAGGUAUGGAAUGUCGUAGAACGUCCAUUGAUAGUGUCAAUGAUGAUGAUACAACGAUAUCUGUAUCAUCUGCGGAUGAAUUCGUGUUUAAGCAAGAGCUUGCUAAUCUUGACACAAUGAUUGCGCGGCUUCAGGACAGCUUGCGGAGUAAAUGA